AUGUUUGUGAAUUGUCUUGUAGAAGGGAAAAUUCCAGUUAAAGCAUUAAUUAAUACAUCCUCAAAGUUUAAUACUAUUAGCAAGAAGUUAUUCGACAGCCUUGGUGAAGAAUAUGGUAUAGGGUUUGUAUCUGUUGGUGCUGAAAAAAUCUAUAAAGAUGCAAUAGGUGAAAUAAAAUGCUUAGAUUUGCAAUUUCAGUAUAACGGAAAGUGGCAAAGCUUAGAUGGUACUGAAGUAAUAGACUUUCAAAUUCGCAAAAAUCCAUCAUUCGAUCUAGUGUUAGGACAAGAUUGGUUAUGGGUGCGUGAAGCAAAAAUAAGCUUCGAAUUUUCUUCUAAAACCUGUGAACACCGUGCUAAAAUUGUAAUAGAUGGUAUGAGUAUCCCAUUAACCGAUGAAGAUUUUAACAAAGCCAACUCCACUAAAAAUAACUCACCUGAGUCCGAUAUAACUCUGGAUGAACUUGUGGAUAUGUUCAAGAAAUUAUCUCUCAGAAGCAAGGAUAAUAAGCAACGGAAGAGGUAUCACAGCAACAUAUCUCCUGUAUCUCCAACACCCGGAAGAUUAAAUGAUGAUGUUUCCAAAAAUAGCGGAGCUAGCAAGAUUAAGAAAUAUCCUAAAGUAGAUUUAGGUGAUGGGUGUGGAAACCUUUCAAUUAAAACGCACCUCAAUAAUAUUUGGAAGUCGAUUCAUUCUAUAGAAGAUGAUAUAUAUUAUGGGAUUUUUAAAAGACUUUCCAAUAUUGAGAAUGAACUGAGAGCAAGAAAAAUAAGGUCAACUGUUGCAUCAUAG